CCUUCAGCUACCGCUUUCUUCUCCUUCUUCCCAAAUGGCUUCAAUCGCCGAUAACCCUAACCCUAACCCUAAUCAAGAACCAGAACAAUCCAUAAUUCCAGUAUUAACAGUUUUCAAAAACAAAUCAAUCCUCAAGAACAUCUUCAUCGUUCUCAACGAUAAUGACGAUAACAACAACAACAACGAUCACACUCUUCUCGUUGGUCGACACCCGAAUUGCAACAUAGUCCUUACUCAUCCUAGCAUCAGUCGUUUCCAUCUGCAAAUUCGAUUCACUCCUUCUUCCCGCUCCAUUUCGCUUCUCGAUUUAUCUUCUGUGCACGGAACUUGGGUGAGUGGUAGAAAGCUUGAGCAUGGUGUGAGUGUUGAACUUAAAGAAGGUGAUAGCUUUCAACUUGGGGUUUCAAGUAGGAUUUAUCUUCUUCACUUUGUUUCCAAAUUCGACGCCGACGCAUUAAAUAAGAUUGGUUCUUUAAGUUGUGAUGAUGAAAAGAAGAACCAAUCUGAAGAUGAGGCAUUUGAAGUUGAUAAUGACUCUAGUGGAAAUGAAAAAUCAUGUUGUGAUGGUCAAAAUAAACUGUGUGGAUGUCAAAUAUGUUUUCUAUCUCCACCUAAUGUGCAAUCAGUUGAUAAAUCUGAUAACACACAGAUAAACGAAGCUUGUCCAGAUGUGGAGAUGCUGGAAGAGACUAAUUUGAUUGGUACAUUGAAGGAAUGUUUUAAACACAACAUAUGUAUCCUGGGCACUAAAUCGAACCAACAAUCUUCAGCGGAAAAACAGUGGAUUAAGCCUGAAGCAUCUUUGGAUGAAAAAGAUGCUGCUGCUGUGGCUGUGAUAUCUAAAGAAUCUGAUUUUGAAGUCACGUUCGAAGACACUGACAAGAUUGAAGAUAUUUUAACUACUGGAUCAAGAGUUUUUGAUUCUGAGGACAUGACUGAUUCUGAAUCUCAUCCGACCAAUUCUGAUGCGGAACUUUCUGCGGAUUCACUCUCUGAUAGAGAAGAACAAGGUAAUUGCGGUGAAAACUAUGAGACAGAAUUGCAGAACCUGAAUGCUAAUUGUUGCCUUGAGAAAGGGUAUUCUCUUUAUGAAAUUGUUGAAGAUAUUGAAAAGAAGUGCACUGAAAAUACGGAUCCUGCGCCUUUUGAUGAAAAUGGUGUAGCUGCAGUGAAUGUAGCACCUAGAGAACACAAAUUAGAAUUCUUCUUUGAAGAAAAUGACAGGAUUGACGACAUUUUAACUAGUGUUGCAAGACUUUUCAUUUCUGAAAACACAUCUUCACUAGCUGAGGAAGCAAUUCCUGUAAUCAAUUUUCAAGAAAUCAAGAUUGUUGAAGAAGUUGCUGUGGAUUCAAUAUCUGAUGGAGAAAAGGAAAAUAAAGGUGACAAGGAAUUGCAGGAAUACCUAAAUGUCAAACCUUGUGAUGAAGAAGGUAGCUCACUGGAUGAAACAGUUGAAGAUACUAUGAAAUCCUUUCAGACAGAGUCACUUAAUCCUUCGGUGACUCAGGAACCUGAUUUAGAGAUUACAGACCAGAAAGAGAGUCAGACCCCGCAAUUUGUUGUUGCUGUGGAUGGAAACGUUGACGUGGGAAUCCUCAAAAGAAGCUGUAUAGAAGAAUCAGCAAAGGGAAGUUCAACCUUUGGUAGUGAUGAAGAAGGUAGCUCACUGGAUGAAACAGUUGAAGAUACUAUGAAAUCUUUUCAGACAGAGUCACUUAAUCCUUCGGUGACUCAGGAACCUGAUUUAGAGAUUACAGAUAAGAAAGAGAAUCAGCCCCCACAAUCUCUUGUUGCUGUGGAUGGAAACACUGAUGUGGGAAUCCUUGAAAGAAGCUGUGUAGAAGAAUCAGCAAAGGGAAGUUCAACCUUUGGUAGUGAUGAAGAAGGUAGCUCACUGGAUGAAACAUAUGAAGAUACUGUGAAAUCCUUUCAGACAGAGUCACUUAAUCCUUCAGUGACUCGGGAACUUGAUUUAGAGAUUACAGACAAGAUAGAGAAUCAGACCCCGCAAUCUCUUGUUGUUGUGGAUGGAAACAUUGACGUGGGAAUCCUUGAAAAAAGCUGUAUAGAAGAAUCAGCAAAGGGAAGUUCAACCUUUGGUAGUGAUAUUUUGUCAAAAAGAGAUAAGGCUGCGAGUGCGCCUCAAGAUCGAACCAGGAAGAGCAGAUUAUUGAACACGCUUAAUGUUGACUCUAAAUUUGUAAUGAGUAACUUGAAGGAUAUCAAUAUCACAAAUAAACCAAUGCCAAAAGAUCUUUUUUCUGUCUUGGAUGAAGGAGAAAUGUUCACUCCAAAUAAGGAAAACUCAAUCCCCACAAACACCUUUCACUGGCAGUUUAUGGAAAACAAAGGUAUGCUAGAAGAAAGUAAAAGUUCCAAGUCACAAAGGUCGCAUAAUUUGAAUGCUAAUUUUAGUCCCAUCAUCUAUUCAGCUGAAAUAAGUACAAGUGCAAUCUCAAACAAAGAGAACCUGACUCCAAAAGAAGCACUAGAAUGGAUGUCCGGGAGAAAGCCUCUUGAGUGUCGCGAUGCUACGGAAUUAAGAAAGAAGAGAGUGGAACGGAAACCCUUACAAUCGCUAAUGAGUCCUGGAGGCAAUUGCAAUUCAAGGAUCUCUAGUCCUCUUUCUGCUGCAAAAUCCAUUUUUGGGGUCACUGCUAGAGCCAGCAACUGUGGACAUAUUUCAUACAAGCACACUGAACCUUCUAGUAUUAGUGAAGAACGAAAGAAGAGCUGGGACAUGGUUAUAGAUACUUCUUCCCUUCUGAACAAGGAGUCCAGAAAAGCUUUGCAGCUUUUACAAGGUCUCAAGGGGACUCGUUUAAUCAUUCCACAAUCAGUCAUAAGAGAAUUGGGAAGCAUUAAGCAACAAUUUGGAAUUUUUAGAAAGACUUCAGAGGCUGACUUGGCCUUGAAAUGGAUUGAAGAAUGCAUGGAGAAUACAGAGUGGUGGAUUCAUAUCAUUGACUGUGCUUUUCCUAUGGUUGAAGAUCACAUCCUUGACUGUGCUCUUGAAUAUAAAAGAAAAGAUAAUGUUGGACAAAUUGUCCUUCUUAGUGAUGAUAUCAUCUUGAAAAUCAAAUCCAUGGCAAAGGGGUUGCUAUGUGAGACAGUGCAGCAAUUUCGUCAGAGUUUAGUCAACCCUUUCUCUGAGAGGUUUAUGUGGGCUAACAGCUUUCCAAGAGGACUGACUUGGUCUUGCCAAGAUGAUGUGGUUUUAAGAGAGAAAUAUUGCUGUUUGCCAUCAAAGGCUGGUCUGAAGCUCCUUGUCAGUUAACAGUUUUAGUAGUUUAAUCAUCUCUUGAACAAAUUAGUCUUAAUUUUCAGUUUUAUUACUUUCAAACUCCUAUUCUUCUCCUUUCCAGUUCCCUGCAUCCAUUUUUUUAUGUUCAUUGAAAAUGAUGUGUUACUUUAGCACUGUCAUUAAGAUGAAUGAUGGUAAGAAUGGCUGUUUGUAUUAGCUUCUUUUUUGUAAAGAAAAUCGUGCACUAGGAUUAAUGCGGCACAAAUUUGAAUUUAGAUUUUUUCGAACAAUUUGUUUUUAAUUGAAGCUUGGUAAUCACAUGAUUUUUCUGACCAACGGACUCAUCUUUAAUAUAUACUGAUCCGAUCUCGGUAAUUUUAAUUAUCUUAAAUUUGGUAU